AUGUUAGUAGGGGUCCCCUUGGGUCCAUCGUUCAUCCAGCACGAGUACAAGUCUUUUUUCGGUGCCCUCGCGUCUAACGCGUCUCUGAAAAAGGUGAGCGUCGAGUGGCUUCCAGAGUUGGACGUCGUCGAUACGUUCCGAGCCAUGCGCAAGGCCGGAGUACAGGAUCAACUUCUUCUUCGUGGCAGUGUGAGCUCCUCGAUAGCACAGUACCUUAUGGGCACGGCCACACUCAGGGAGCUGGACCUGUCUUUCCACGUCAGCAGCAGCAGCAGGGACACUUUAGACGAAGCGAUCGAGGCGGGAACUGCAGCACUGUCCGUCAAUGAGAGUAUACGCUGGCUGAAAAUAUUCGACCCCUGCUUUGACGAGACUGAAACCGCUAUGCUGGCGGACAUGUUACAGACGAGCCGGGCUCUGUGCUACGUGUACCUGCAUGAAGGCUACCGCGAGUCGAGUAACUCUUCGCUGAUCGGAAAGCCGUCGCCCACCGUCUCGAGCAACUACUGCCUCCUGAGGUUGCACGUGGGCAUGCUGUGCAUGCGCAGCGAUGACUGGUUUACCGUCUACGACGUCGAAACAAUUCCUAGCUUUAGUUUCACAUUGCACGAAUAUGGCUCCUGGGCUGAAAGAGCUCCUGAAAACCGAUCGGAGCAUGAUGCAUGCAUGGAAACCGCACCACAGAAGGAGCAAGCCUCUUCCAGUGAAAAGAGGAAGUACCUGAAGCUCAGUCGUGUCACUGAGGCUUGCAGCCCAAUGUUCCGUGGGGCGCAAGUGAAUGUCACCAACGAUGGGCCUGCCAUACUGGACUCGACCAUCACGUUUCGGGCGCAGUUGAUUGGUGCGGACUACCCCGAGCUCUACUAUGUCUUCCAACACAACGUGCCGUCGGGCGGAGGACCCGUUACGGUCACCAAUAGUACCAGGCCACGGCUGCGCAUUGCCUUCCUCGCCUACAGGCAUCAGCCGGGCGAGUAUGUCAUGACGGUCACCGUGCUAAAGCAGUACUUAUUCUCAAAGCACAAGAUUGCCGAGGGUUCCUGCAAGUUUCUGCUUACCCGGGACAUCGUCGGAAGAAUUGUGGUGUCCCAGAACAACCACACGCUGCAGGACGACCAAACCAUCGUGUCCACGAACCGGACGACAAACUUCACUUUCGAGCUGCACGAUCCCAGUGGCUUCUUUACCAACUCGUCUGACAGCUUGUCUUGGAAGCUGGAUUACGGCCUUUCCCAUUAUGCUCCCUACUACACCAUAAACUUCACUGACACGAACGUCCACACCGUGAACCUCAUCGUGGUAGCACUUGUAACCCGGCCGAGCUCGACAUCUCCGCAGGUCAAGCUCGGCUCCUUCACGCGCACCAUCGCCCCCAAAGACCCUAUAACAGGUGUCAACGUCCAAGGAAACAUCUGGCUUCGCCGGGGUGACGUCGUCUCGCUUCAGGUGUCGUGUAAUGGCAGUGCCCCUUACAACUACUGCUGGAAGUACCUGCCGAGCAACGCGACAAGCAACUCGACGGCCAACCUGACCUGCGAUGAGCCCAUCUCGACCAACCAGUGCCAGUUCCCGCUGGUGCACUACUUCCCGCAGGAUGGCUCGCACUUCAUCGCCAUCCUCGUGAGCAACAUCGUCCAGGCAAAGCCUUACAUCAAGAACAUCGAAGUGCACAUCUACGAUGUCCCACGGAGUGGCCUACUCUCCACCAUCAUCCUGCCAAUCGUGUGCUCGCUCCUGGCGUUCGUCAUCCUGGUCACGGGCAUAGCGUACCACAUCCACACGCGCAACCGGCUUCAAGUCGAGGUUGCCGACUUUGACUUCCAACGGCCGGACCUGGAGCUCACGGAAAAGACCUUCUGGGAGCACCUGCUUGGCGCUUGGAGGGAUGCAUUCCCGAACUGGAGCAAGCAGUCCCACCACGAUGUUGACAGCGCUGGUGAGGGAGACAGCCUGACGGCACCCGAGAACAAUCGUCACCACAGCGACGAGGAAAAGAAGUCGCCCGAAACCCCUCCGCCAAGAGGUCCUGGCGAUGGAACGGAUGCUGCACUUGCCGAGAAGAGUGGUGUGGAUUCUUCUGUUUGGAGAACGGGCCAAGUAGAGAGAUAACGAGUGUGCUAUGCUGCGGAAGAUGAGUGCGAUGCGCAACAGCUGUGUGGUGUACUACCGUCUCCUGUGACCAGCAGGUUUGCUAGCUGUUAUUGAACGAUAUGAUCGGUUGUGUCGGGACUGCAGUGGUACAGUUUUAGUGACUCUUUUUAUGCAUUGGUGACUGAAGUGAGAGCAGUGCCUGGAGCAGUCAGUUUUGGUAAGGGGCUGCGUGGUGAUGGUUUUAUGCCAGUGCUGAAUUCUUUACGUGAAAACACGUGAAGAACGGAUGUCCACUGAUGAUUUUUGCGUAGGUAGUGUGUUUGUCAUGGUGGGCUGCACAGCUCUAGGACGUCUGAUGCCUUGGUUGCGAGAAAGGGCUCAGUAGUAUUAAUGAGAUGGAAGCUCAGAUUAAUGGAAUGCAAUGUGGAUCUGAUAGAUUCAUCUUACCUGUCUAUACCUUGCUCUUGCUAGGCUGGCAUCUGAAAGCAUCCUUUACUUCGCUAUUGAGAUCUCGUUGUGCCAUUGGCAAUGCUGUGGCUGCACAAAUAUGAUGAUAAUAUAAUAAUAAUAUAAGUUCAAUCAAUUUCAAGUCACAGUGGGCAGAAGUAGAGUUUAGCUUGUUUGGGUAUAGAACAUGUCUGAAGUUUUGGGUGAAAGACGAUAUAUUGCAAUGCGUCGCAUUGGGCAGAUUGUGGGACAGUGAUUGCCACUCUGUUUUUGUUGUACAGUG